AUGGCUGCUUUUGGCCGGUUUCUGCCGGUGCUGACGGGCUGCAAUGAGUCGAGAGCUGCCUCAGGACUGGGUAUUCGCAUCACGAAUCGGUCUGAGCACUAUCGCCCCGUUGACCAAUUCGAUGCUCAAGGAAUCACCCAAACCUACGUUUAUUGCUGCAAGGACAUCCGGUGGGAGAUCGAUGAUGACGUCUCCGCUACCAUCACCUGGAUCUUGGCACUUCACGAGUGUCCGCACGGAUUGAGUCAUAAGGGAAAAAGUCUGGACCGAUGGGAAGGCCCCAUCCUACGCCCGCAUGGCCCCUAC